CGCACGCGCCAAAGACCCGGCUCUCCUCCAUGAUCCAUCGAUUCAACGAGUCUCCAUCCAACGCCGACGCGACGUGCUUCCUCGUCCUCGACGAACGCCGCGUUUUCGCAUCGACCAGCAUCGACGCACUCCGUAAAUUACGGUCGAACGUGAGAGAUAAUCGCGACUCGUGGAGCGACGCAUUAACCGACUCUCACGCUGUUGAAGAGGCAGAGGCGUGUCGUCUCCCUAACCUACUCGAGAAUCCGCCAGCGGCGACGAGACCAUGACCAAGAACAUGAUGCGGAAGCUGAUGGAGAAUGGCGACAGCCGCGGGUCGCAUGGGAAGGCCUAUAAGGACAAGAGCAAGCCCAUGGACAUUCGCAGCAGCAAUAUUAACGCUGCCAAAGCUGUCAGCGAUGCGAUACGCACGAGUCUUGGACCUAGAGGCAUGGACAAGAUGAUUCAAUCCAGCAAUGGUGAAGUCACCAUCACAAAUGACGGUGCCACUAUCCUGAAAGAGAUAAACGUGAUCCACCCUGCUGCGAAAAUGCUCGUCGAGUUGUCAAAGGCCCAGGAUAUAGAGGCUGGCGAUGGUACCACGAGUGUAGUUGUCAUAGCCGGGGCAUUGCUAGAGGCAGCGGAACGUUUGUUGCAGAAGGGUAUUCAUCCCACUUCGAUCAGCGACGCUUUUCAGAAAGCGGCAUCUAAAGCAGUGUCAAUUCUGACGCAUAUGUCCAUACCUGUUGACCUGAGCGACAAAGAAUCUCUUGUAAAGGUCGCAGCGACGUCUCUUAAUUCCAAGGUUGUACACCAACAAUCUAGUCUUCUUGCACCACUGGCCGUGGACGCAGUAUUAAAGGUUACAGAGGAAGGAAAGGAAGUGUCAGUUGACUUGAAUGAUAUCAAAGUGAUAAAGAAGUUAGGAGGUACCGUCGAGGACACUGAAUUGGUAGAUGGAUUGAUAUUUACCCAGAGAUCUUGCAAUGUUAACGGCCCGAAACGUAUUGAGAAAGCUAAAAUUGGAUUAAUCCAAUUUUGCAUCUCGCCGCCGAAGACCGACAUGGAUCAUAAUGUUAUUGUGUCCGACUACGCAGCGAUGGAUCGUGUUUUGAAGGAGGAACGUGCCUACAUAUUGAAUAUUGUAAAACAGAUCAAGAAGUCGGGCUGCAACGUGCUCCUCGUGCAAAAGUCGGUCUUGCGCGACGCCAUCAGCGACCUUGCGAUACAUUUCUUGGACAAAAUUAAGGUCAUGGUGAUAAAAGAUGUGGAGCGCGAGGACAUUCCCUUCGUGUGCAAAACGCUGGGUUGCAGGCCGAUCGCGUCGCUGGAUCAUUUUGUGCCUGAAAAUCUCGUCAAUGCGGAGCUCUGCGAGGAAGUUCAAACUGGAAGUUCGAAAUUUGUUAAAAUCACAGGAAUUCAAAACCACGGGAAAACAGUCACGGUUCUCGUACGUGGUAGCAACAAAUUAGUGUUGGAAGAAGCCGGGAGAUCACUGCACGACGCCUUGUGCGUUAUUCGGUGUUUGGUGAAGCAACGAGCACUUAUUGCCGGCGGUGGAGCACCGGAGAUUGAAUUGGCAUUAAAAUUGGGCGAAUACGCAGUGACCUUAGGCGGCAUUGAUGCAUAUUGCGUUAAGGCCUUCGCAGAUGCGCUUGAAGUGAUUCCGUCAACGUUAGCCGAAAACGCGGGUUUGAAUCCGAUAGCUACGGUGACCGAACUUCGCAAUCGACACGCGAAGGGUGAGGUAACAGCGGGAAUUAAUGUUCGGAAAGGCGCCAUUACUAACAUACUGGAGGAGAACGUGAUUCAACCGCUGCUAGUUUCUACUAGCUCGAUAACUCUCGCUUCUGAAACUGUACGCAGUAUACUGAAGAUCGACGACAUUGUCAAUACGACUCAGUAAGUCACGGGACGCGAGUUAAAAUUGAUUCCGUAUUUGCAACUCACGUACACGUUCAUCACAUUUGUUUCACUGGUUACAAAACUCUGUAUAUUAACAAUUACAAACGUAUGUGCUCUAUGCAAAAGUUUUUCCACAAUGUCAUAUUUUUUAAACACGUUAACACUGAACAAUAAAAACCUGUAACAUUUCAGUGUGAAACAA